CGUUUUUGUUCGUGACGUAAGCACGUCGCUGUACGUACGGGUUCAUCUGACGGGCUAGCGCGCCAACUUGAUAUUGCCGACAAACCAAAGGAGAAAGCAGAAAAUUAAAACCUUUGUAACUGCAAAACUCGCCUGUUGAAAGCGGCGUCAGACGCUUCGGAUUGAGUACUCUUCAAACCACGGUCAAAAGUCGGACUAACGGUCGGCAUGGGUUUGCUCGAGCGCUGCCAGGAGCUCUUCAAGACCUCGGACCUGUACGAGCUGCUGGGCGUCAACAAAGAAGCCACCGAGGCACAGAUCCGGAGGAGCUACUACAAAGUGUCCCUCAGAGUCCACCCGGACAGAGCUCCUGAAGACGCGGACGCUACGGAGAAAUUUCAGGUUUUGGGGAAGCUGUAUAAGGUGCUGAGCGAUAAGGAGCUGAGAGCUGUGUAUGAUGAGCAGGGGGUCGUGGAUGAAGAGCCUGUCUUGAGUAACGACCGCGACUGGGUUGACCACUGGAGACGGUUGUUCCCUGAGAUUACAGUACAGGACAUCAUUGAAUUUGAAAAGACAUACAAGGGCACUGAUGAGGAGCGGCAAGAUGUCAUCAGGGUUUACAUGCAGUACGAGGGAGACAUGGACGCCAUCGCAGAGUCUGUUCUGUGCUUCACCCAGGAAGAGGAGCCCAGGAUCUGCGGCAUCAUCCAGGCUGCCAUCGACAGUGGAGACGCCCCAGCAUUUCCAGCGUUUUCUCAGGAGAGUGCGAAGAAGAAGCGGGCUCGAAGGAAGAGGGCUGCCAAAGAGCAAAAAGAAGCAGAAGAAAUGCAGAAACAGAUGGGGCUCGGCCAGGAGGACAGCAGUCUUGUGGCGAUGCUUCAGCAAAGACAGAAGUCCAGAGAACAGAAUUUCAACAGCUUCGUGUCCGACCUGGAAGCAAAAUACUCCAAAAAAAGUGGAAAAGCCAAAAGAGGAAAAAAGUGAAAAGCAUACAGGCUGAUUAUAGCAGAUAAAAUGUACAUAAACCACGGCAGAAAAACUGUGUAGUGUUGUGUAAAAUCCAGUGUGUGCAGCUACCUAAACGCUGUGUGCCUCAGCCGUGCUUCAGCUUUUUAGCUGAAAAUCAAUGUUUAUUUCUUUGUUUGUUGUUUUUGUAAAACUCUUCAUUAACACAAAUAAAUUCAUUUAUAUACAU